CCCCGGUGAGGCGCAGCAAUGAAUGAGCAGGCUCAGCCCCAGCAGACAAGGAUGAGGAGCCGCACCCACGAGGGCGGGCAGUGAUGCCCACCCAUCCAGUAUAGAAUGACUGCCCUGGGAGGGUAGUUCCCCAGACCCUGGCAGGGCUGCUGACCCUCAGCCCACAAAACGCAAGGAGCAGAAGGACUCCAGACUCUUCCUGUGGAUGGUCACCUGCCCACCAGCUCCACCAUGAGGCUCCUGGUGGCCCCCCUCUUGCUAGCUUGGGUGGCUGGUGCCACUGCCGCUGUGCCCGUGGUUCCCUGGCAUGUGCCCUGCCCCCCUCAGUGUGCCUGCCAGAUCCGGCCCUGGUACACACCCCGCUCAUCCUACCGUGAGGCCACCACUGUAGACUGCAAUGACCUCUUCCUGACAGCAGUGCCCCCAGCACUCCCCGCAGGCACCCAGACCCUGCUGCUGCAGAGCAACAGCAUCGUCCGUGUGGACCAGAGUGAGCUUGGCUACCUGGCCAACCUCACAGAGCUGGACCUGUCCCAGAACAGCUUUUCGGACGCCCGAGACUGCGAUUUCCAUGCCCUGCCCCAGCUGCUGAGCCUGCACCUGGAGGAGAACCAGCUGACCCGGCUGGAGGACCACAGCUUUGCAGGGCUGGCCAGCCUUCAGGAACUCUAUCUCAACCACAACCAGCUCUACCGCAUCGCCCCCAGGGCCUUCGCGGGCCUCAGCAACCUGCUGCGGCUGCACCUCAACUCCAACCUGCUGAGGGCCGUUGACAGCCGCUGGUUUGAGAUGUUGCCUAACUUAGAGAUCCUCAUGAUCGGUGGCAACAAGGUAGAUGCCAUUCUGGACAUGAACUUCCGGCCCCUGGCCAACCUGCGCAGCCUGGUGCUCGCAGGCAUGAACCUGCAGGAGAUCUCCGACUAUGCUCUGGAGGGGCUGCAGAGCCUGGAGAGCCUCUCCUUCUAUGACAACCAGCUGGCCCACGUGCCCAGGCGGGCGCUGGAGCAGGUGCCUGGGCUCAAGUUCCUAGACCUGAACAAGAACCCACUCCAGCGAGUGGGGCCGGGCGACUUUGCCAACAUGCUGCACCUCAAGGAGCUGGGGCUGAACAACAUGGAGGAGCUGGUCUCCAUCGACAAGUUCGCCCUGAUCAACCUCCCUGAGCUGACCAAGCUGGACAUCACCAACAACCCACGGCUGUCCUUCAUCCACCCCCGCGCCUUCCACCACCUGCCCCAGAUGGAGACCCUCAUGCUCAACAACAACGCCCUCAGUGCCUUGCACCAGCAGACGGUGGAGUCCCUGCCCAACCUGCAGGAGGUGGGGCUCCACGGCAACCCCAUCCGCUGUGACUGUGUCAUCCGCUGGGCCAAUGCCACGGGCACCCGUGUCCGCUUCAUCGAGCCGCAGUCCACUCUGUGCGCGGAGCCACCAGACCUCCAGCGCCGCCCAGUGCGCGAGGUGCCCUUCCGGGAGAUGACAGACCACUGCUUGCCCCUCAUCUCCCCCCGCAGCUUCCCCCCCAGCCUCCAGGUGGCCAGUGGAGAGAGCAUGGUGCUCCACUGCCGGGCGCUGGCCGAACCAGAACCUGAGAUCUACUGGGUCACUCCAGCCGGGGUUCGACUUUCACCUGCUCAUGCAAGCAGGAGGUAUCGGGUGUACCCUGAAGGGACCCUGGAGCUGCGGAGGGUGACGGCGGAAGCGGCAGGGCUGUACACCUGUGUGGCCCAGAACCUGGUGGGGGCUGACACUAAGACAGUCAGUGUGGUUGUUGGUCAUGCUCCCCUCCAGCCAGGUAGGGAUGAGGGCCAGGGGCUGGAGCUCCGGGUGCAGGAGACUCACCCCUAUCACAUCCUGCUAUCCUGGGUCCCCCCACCCAACACAGUCUCCACCAACCUCACCUGGUCCAGCGCCUCCUCUCUCCGGGGCCAGGGGGCCACUGCUCUGGCCCGUCUGCCCCGUGACACCCACAGCUACAACAUCACCCGCCUCCUUCAGGCCACGGAAUACUGGGCCUGCCUGCAAGUGGCCUUUGCUGAUGCCCACACCCAGUUGGCUUGUGUGUGGGCCAGGACUAAAGAGGCCACUCCUUGCCUGAGAGCCUUAGGGGACCAGCCUGGGCUCAUUGCCAUCCUGGCACUUGCUGUCUUCCUGCUGGCAGCUGGGCUAGUGGCCCACCUUGGCGCAGGCCAGCCCAGGCAGGGGGUAGGUGGGCGGCCUCUACUGCCAGCCUGGGACCUCUGGGGCUGGAGUGCCCCCUCUGUUCGGGUGGUAUCUGCACCCCUUGUCCUGCCCUGGAAUCCAGGGAGGGAGCUGUCCAAAUACUCAGAGGAGGAGAUGCUGUCGCCACCGUGGUCUCAAAAUUCCUGAAGCUCAGCCUGUUCUCAGCAGUAGAAAAAUAACCAGUACUACUUCUUACCAAAAGAGAAGCAAUCUGGGCCAAAUGCCCUGCCAGGAAAGUGACACGGACCCACGUGCUUGAGGCCUGGCAGCUGGACAGAGACAGGAGGAGCUUGGUGGCUCCCCGGGGGUGCUCCUGCAGCCUCCAAAAAGUUGCCCUUACCUUCCGGGGGCUCCUCUGCUGCCAUGCUGACGAACAUCUCCAAGGAACAGGCAGGACUCUGCUAGAACCUCCCAUGUCCCCAUUUAUCUACAUGCCCAGAGGCUCCUGGGCCUCCGCUUGGCCGUCCCAUGCCUGUGUCCCCAGGCCUUUGGCCCGCAGGAUGCAUCCACUUCCUUCCUCUCUCUUUGUAAAGUCUCAGUUGCUUGCUCUUUUUCCUCCUGGGCAAGGACUGAAGGAGGCCUCUCCUACCCAUCUCAGGGGACCACCCUGAAAGUGGGAGUGACCCCCAGCCAGAUCUGAAGGACAUUUGGGGAGAAGCAUGCCCAAGAAUGCCUCGCUCGUCUUGGCAGCCCGGGCUUGGCACUCUGGAGUUGACUUUCUAUAGGCAAUUUUGUAUCUUUGUGGAGAAAUGUGUCACCUCCCCCAACCCAAUUCACUCUUUUCUCCUGUUUUGUAAAAAAUAAAAAUAAAUAAUAAUAAUAACAAUGUUGGGGGAAAGGAGAUGAAAGGAAAAUAAUCCUUUGAAUAGUGGGUGUAACUAAAGAGAUCUCUGCUCUGGAAUCUCUUCAAAACCUGGAAGCUGGGAUGUGAUAAGAAGAAGAGAAAGAGAGAGGGACAUGGUGAGAGAGGGGACAGUUUUUCCUGUUUGAAUCCUGGCCUCUGGGUCUGCUCCCAGCCCGUGGCUGUGAGCAGAAGAGCUGGGGAAAGACAAAGAGCAGGAGAGGCUGACAGUGACCACGAGGAAGAGCAUGCAGGAGGCAAGGAGGGGGGUAGGGAGAAAAAAGUCUAAACAAACCCAGAGAUGGGGAGAGAGCGGAAAUUUCCAUUACCAAACAUUGUCACCCCUUCUCCUUCUUUGAUAAGCAAUUAACAUGCCAGUGCAUGGGAAGCACUUCCCGGCCUAUUUCUAAUUUAAAAAACCCAAGAGGCAGAGUCAUGCAGAGAAUUGCAAAUCAUCAAGACAGCAAGAACUUUGGCUGGCGGGGGCAGGAGGGGCACAGGGUGAAAGAGGGUUCGGGGAGGAGAGGGCUGUGGGAUAAGAAAAUUGCUGCAUUUAUCUUUCUGUUCCAUUUCCGUAUAAUUUGCAAUAAGCCUG